AUGGAUUUAUCUAAUACAAAUUUACAAAGCAAAAAUGUAUUACUUGAUAAGAUACAAAUUUUAAAUUUAUUUAAAAUUUUUGAUAAUUUACCAUUUGAGCCUAAAAAUGAAAAAGAAAUAUGGUAUAUUGUUAAUAAAGAAUUCAUUGACAACUUACGAAAUUACGAAGCAGGUAAAAUUAAUAGUUAUUCGAAUGUUAUAAAUAAUAAAAUAUUUAUAGAGGAUUGUAAUAAUGUAACUACAAAAACUAGAUUAUUAAAAGAAUAUGAAAAUAGCAAUGGUAUAAGUUUUGUUUUAUAUCCAGAAAAAGCUAUAGAAAUAUUAGAAAAGCAUUUUGAGUUUAAUGUAAAAAUUCCAAGAGUAGUUUAUCCUUAUAAAAUUAGUAGGAGAGACAAACUUAUUUAUAAAGUGGACAUUCAACCACUAAAAAUUGUUGUUUAUUCAAAAAACCCUAAUGAAUAUUCUAACCCAUCUAAAAUGAAAAUAAUAAUUUUAAGAAAUGAUACAAUUGAAGAUGUUUUAAAAGAGAUAUUAGGAAGUUUUGAUAAAAAUAAUUUUAAGAAGAAUUUAUUUUAUGCAGAUGAUUAUAAUAAUAGAAAAGAAAAAAAUUGGAAAUGCUUAUACAUUCAUGAUAAUCCUGAAUAUUCUAUGCAUAAAAAAGUUUAUGAUUAUGAUAUAGAUGAAACAAGUUGUAUAUUAAUUAGUAGUGAAAGACCAGAUAUAAAAUGCUUAAUGAAUAAAAGUGAUUAUAAUUAUAAUAGAAAAGAAGUAAAUAAAAAAGUAGAAAAUGAAGAUGAUUCAAUAAAAACGAAGAGUAUACAAUAUAUAUUUGAUAAAGGAGGAGAUAGAGGUCUCAUAAAUUUAGGAAAUACAUGUUUUUUAAAUUCAUCUUUACAAUGUUUAUCUAAAAUUCUAAAAUUUUCUAAUUAUUUUUUAAGUGGAACUUUUUGGAAUCAUAUAAAUUAUUCUAAUCCUGUAGGACAACACGGUAGAUUAGCUAAAGCUUAUUAUGAGACCCUACUAGAAAUGUGGAUGAUUAAUAAGAGAGAUGAACCAUAUUCACCAAAAGCAUUAAAACAAGCCAUCAGUGAAAAAAGAGAUGAAUUUUAUGGAUAUCAACAACAUGAUUCUCAAGAAUUAUUGGCUUUUUUAUUAGAUGGAUUACAUGAAGAUUUAAAUUUAAUUAGAAAAAAACCAUAUUAUGAAGAAAAAUUACAAGGUGGUGUAGAUAAAUUAGAUAUUGAUGUUGCUGAAGCUUCUUGGAAUAGACACAAAGAAAUUAAUAAUUCAAUUAUUGUAGAUUUAUUUCAAGGUCAAUAUAGAUCAAGAUUACAAUGUCCUAAAUGUAAAAGAGUUAGCAUUACCUUUGACCCAUUCAUGUAUUUAUCUAUUCCUCUUCCAGCGAAAAAAAAUCAUAGAAUUUGGUUUCAUGUUAUGCUUAAUAGAGAUAUUCCUAUUGGUUUGAGAUUUUCUUGUUCUUUUAAUGGGUCACAAGAGGUAUUAAAGUUGAAAAUAUUUUUUUUAAACAUUAUUAAGAAUUUAAAAAAUAAAAGAAAAAAUAUUCUUUUACACAGUAAAUCUAUUAUAAAAAAUAAUAAAUAUCCUCACGAAGGAAAUGCAUUUAAUUUUCAUGCAAGAUAUUUAGAUGAUAAAAACGAAUUUUGUGAAGAAAAUGAAGAAAAUGUAGAUAUAAAUAAUUACAUUAAAGCUAUAAAAAGUAAAACUAAGAUAACUAAUACUUUAAAAGAGACAGAUAUAAAAAGUAUCCAUGAAAGUAUUUGUUCUAUGUGUAAUAUCUCCUCUAUUGAAGAGUUAGAAAUUAAUAACCUUUCUUUUCUUUAUACAAAAUUGAAAAAUUUAGCUUGUAAUAAUUUUUUUCAAGUUUUAAAUAAUACCGAUUUUGUAACGGAACCUCAUACAAGAACUGGAAAAGGAAUUAGUCAUAUAUUUGUUUUUAUUUUACCGAAAAUAUAUGGUCAUUUAAUUGAUAAAAAUAUGGAGUUAAAAAGAGAUGAAAAUUUAGAGGUACUUACUAAUUCAACAGUUACCACAAAUAAUACUAGUUUGAAAGAUGAAGAAAUAAAUAUGAAAAACGAAACUAAUGAUAAAAAAACAUCGAAAAGUAAGCUUUGUACAAGUAAGAUAAUAAAAAAAAGAAAAGGAAUUUUAUCCAAUUCCUUAAAAAAAGGAGAUAAUAAGUGUCAUCAAGAAGAGGAAGUAGAAGAAUAUGAUGAUGCAGAAGAUGAGAAUGAAAUAAAUGUACAGGAUACAGAUGACUCAAAUGAAAUUAAUAAAAAUAGUGAACAUAUUUCUUAUAAUGAUUUACUAAAAGAUAGAGUUUUUUUUAAUCAAGACUUUAAUAAUUUCCAUGAUAAAUACUUUUCAUUACUAAUUGUACCUAUAUGCAAAGACGAACAGCUUUUAUAUAAAAUGAAAAAUAAUGAUCUUCCACUUUUAUUUAAUGUUCCUUUUAACUUCACCAUACUUGACUUGUAUAAUAAAGUAAAGUGUUCAUAUAAAAAGAAUAUCUAUAUAGAUAAAAUGAAAAAUUUGGAUAAUCAAAAUAAAUUAAGUAAACUAUUUCAUAAAAACAAAAAUUCUGCACAACAUAUUGAAAGUAACAAAAAGGACAAUUUUAAUAAUUCCAAUUAUAAUAAUAGUAAUGAUAUGAAUAUUACUAAUAAUAACACUGAUGAUAAUGAUAUAAAUAUGAAAAAUAAUUUAAAUGAUUGCGAUGAUUUUUUAGAUAAAUUUACUUUAUAUAUACCUUGCUUUAAUUUAAAAGAGGAAUAUACUCCUAAGGAUAAUUUAGGUUUAGAAUUAAAAAGAGAUGGUACUUAUUUAUCUGAUUACAUAAAAAAUUCAGAAGAAAAAAGACUUAUAAUAAUAUAUCUAAAUAGUAAUUCAAUAGAAACAGAAUUAUCAUUAGAUAUCAAAACAUUAACAUUUAUGGAUUUAGAAGAAAAGUAUGGAAUAGAUACAUGUCUGAAAUUAUUUUCUGAAGAGGAACAUUUAGAUGAAAAUAAUACAUGGUAUUGUAGCAAUUGUAAAUUACAUGUACAGGCAUUUAAGAAGUUAGAUUUAUUUAGAAUGCCUAUUAUAUUAAUACUACAUUUGAAAAGAUUUAAUAACACAAAUAGAUGGUUGAGAACGAAGAUAGAUUCUUAUGUUUACUACCCACACAAAGAAAAUGAAUAUUUAAAUAUGUCUCCAUAUAUUUUAGAAGAUGGCUUAAAACAUAUGAAAAAAUUGGAUCCUCAUUAUUUACCUGUUUAUGAGUUAAUUGGAGUUAAUUGUCAUACAGGUGGAUUAUGUGGUGGACAUUAUUACGCUUAUGUCAAGUUAAAAGAUAAAUGGUAUAAUUUUAAUGAUACCUUUGUUACAAAUAUUGAUGAAUCUCAAGUUAAUACAAAAAAUGCUUAUUUGUUAUUUUAUCAAUUAUUAUCUCAUAAAAAUGAAAAAUUUACAGGUUAUGCUGAAAAUAGAAAUAUAGCAGAAGAACAAGCUAUUGCUAUAGCAAAUGCAAGUUAUUACAAUUAA